AAAUUAAUUGGAUAAAUCAAAUUGUUUAUAUUUAAUUGAUUAAUGACUCAUUUUAAAGAGUAUUUUUAAAGUUGUUAUCUGUAAUAUACGAAUUGUAAUGCAUGGAAACAUAAUUAAUAAAUGGACAAUAUACAUUAUAAUCUUAGAAAUCGGGCUAUCUAUCAAACUAGAUUUAAUGAAGCAAAAAACAAACAUUUGUCUGCAUUGAGUAUAAAUAAUCAAAAUCGUAAAUAUAAAAAUGCUAUUAACUAUCAAAUCAAUUCUAUACCUCAAAAAACUGAUAAAAUUUUAAAAAAUCAUACUAUUUCAACUUGUCCAAAUCUAAAGAGAAAGGCCACUACAAAGAACCUUAUUAAUAACAAGAAACAAAAGAAAACUGAGAGUAAAAUAUAUAAUUCUAAUCACCAUAUUAACACUAAAGAAAAAUAUACAAAUACGGGACUCUGUAAAAGUAGCCUUUGGGGCUUAAGGAGCCUCAAGACUCAACAAAAUUCUGCAUCUGAACAACAAUCUACCUCACAAUCAGGUCAAUCAACCUUGAAUGGCAAGAAUAAUUUUAUUAGUAAUAUCAACAAAAAGAAUAAAAAACUUCUACCAGCAGAGGCCAUUAAAAUAAAAAACAACUCAUUUCUGCACAAAAAAGUAAAUUUUAAACUAGCAAAACACCUUAAUAAAGUGGACCUUAAAUCACAAGUCAGGCUCACAAAAUCAAGUACUAUUUCCAAAGAAGUUGACCAAAUCAAUAAAAUUACUACAUUACAAUCAUCAGUUUCUAGCAACAAAAAACCUCCACUGGCUGACAAGCUCAAAACAGUCUUUAAAAUUGAUACCAAAGAAAGUAUAGCCCAAAAUCAACCCUCUCACUCAAACCCUAAUCCUAUAAUAUCCAGAGAUGAUAUUAGACAAAAUACAGUCAAGGAUGGCAGAAACCACAAUAAAAGGAAACGUUUUAAUCCUCCUCAUACUACAAAUAAUAAUAGUAUCUGCAAAAUAAGCAAGAUAUCUGAUACGAUAACCAAAAUGGCCAUGCCUUAUGAUAAAUCUACCUCCAAAAAAACAAGUUUAUCCUCAAAAAAAGAUGACCAUGGAACCAUUUUAGAUGUAACAGACACUGAUAAAUCGAUUGCUACAGAAAAGUGUACCAAAAAAAGCAGCGAUAAAAUUGGUUACACAAAAGAGGAUAAAGAAGAAAAAGGUUCAGAGAAGGAGGAUAACUUUUGUUGCAAAGUAGAACAUGUUAGUGAUAUGGAGGUGAGUUCAUCCAACACCUGUAGCUUUAAGUCUCUCUCUAAUCACUCCCUUUUGGACAAACAUAUCAGUGAGAUAGAUGAAAUCAUAAAUGUAAGAAGUGUGGAUCACAAUCACUACCACAAAAGUAAUUCAAAUAAGAUGGGAUCAGUUAAAAAGAUGGAAAUGAAACAACCUGGAACAUCAUCUUCAGGUCAACUUCCUGAUAAGUACAAACCUUCCAGGUAUUCAUCUGACAGCGAGGAUUUCGAAGAUAACGUGCACGAUAUAGGAAAAUUGCACAACUUGUUGGAAACGAAAGGCUUGUCCACUCAUCACUUGCUGAACGCUCUAGGGCCCAGGAUGCAACAACUUAUACAAAAAACACUCGGCACUACUUCCACCAGUCAAGCUAACAGCAAAAUCCACAAAUUGGUCGAGGACCUGAAAAACAAGGACUUGGAAAAUUACUCGAAGCUCGCCAGUUGUCAAGAGAUUUGUAAGAUUUUGCUUAUGAGUCAAGAAGACUCCUUGGCCAACUUUCCCGUUCAUUCUUGCGUGAAAGCCUUGGUACACAUUUUGAAGGGCGAAAAUCAUAGCGAUUUCGAAUUGAUGAACGAAGCUUGUAAAGCUCUAACUUACAUGAUGGAAUCAAUUCCCAGGUCAAUCUCCUUAGUUUCCACUGAAGGAACAAUCAUAUUCCUAAACAAAGUGCGCGAAAUCCAAUGCAUAGACGUAGCCGAGCAAUCACUAACGGCUCUAAAAAUGCUUUCCAGAAAACACGCCAAAACUAUUUUGCUUAAGGGGGGUAUAUCCUCUUGCCUGGCCUUCGUCGAUUUCUACUCAGCUCCCGCUCGUCGCUCGGCAUUUUCAGUAGCGGCAUCGUGUUGCGAAUACGUGACAGGGGCAGAAUCAUUUCGAGUGAACGUCAUUGGAUCCUUGCGACUCGUGGAGGGCGGUUUGACUACUGGACAAGAUAAGAGCGUUAUUGAAAGUUGUUGCUUAUGCUAUUGCAGACUCAUAGAGGUUUUCAGAGACCAACCCAUCUUGCUAGAACAAAUCGCUACUUUCGAAUACAUAUCUAAUAUCGUUAAUUUGCUCAUGGCUUCUCCACCCAUUGUCGAUUCGAAAACCUCUUCAAUGAUCAUCAAGUCUCUACACACGAUGAUAAAAGGUUGCAAUAGCUUGGCCGUCAUUCUCCUUAAAAACGAUAUAAUAGACACUCUUAAAUACCUUUUGAUGGAAGAACAGCCGCCUACCACCGAAUCCCCCACGAAAUCUAAAAUCAAUGACGUCUUUUUCUCGUUGCAAAAUGUCAUUUCCCCUCUCAAAGAUUUGGGAUUUUGCCGGAAAAACCCGAUGGAAAUAUCCGAGAUAACGCUCUUGAUAUGCGAACUAUUUCCUUCUCUUAAUUCCCAUCAUUUAUCCUUAUCGGAUCGACUAUUUUAUCACGAACACAAAAACCCCGAAAUAUUUUCCAAAUUUCACGAAUCAUCUGAGUACACGAAAUUUACUUGCCGCGACACGAGCCCUAAAAAUGGUGGACUUGCGCCGCAAAUCCCAAAACUACAAAGUAUUACUUCGGAAGAUAGCAGAAAAUGUUAUUUGGACAGCGAAGAAGGACGGGAGAUAGGAAAAUACUUUGUGAGGUCCCUCAUGCCAUUGGUUUAUAGGAUAUACGAUAAUUCGCCUGGUAACGUUGUUAAAUACAAUUGUCUCAAAGCUUUGCUCAGAAUGCUCUAUCAUUCCAAGGACGAUGGUUUAGUAUUGGAAAUUUUGAGCUCCUUAGAUAUUUCAAAUUACAUUGUCUCCAUGUUAACCUCUAAAGACCUCAAAAUUAUUCUGAGCGCCUUACAAAUGAUCGAAUUGCUUUUGUCGAAAUUCCCGCAAAUUUUUAUCACGAGCUUUAAAAGAGAAGGUGUCCAGCACAAAAUAACGGAGCUGGUGCAUACUCAUAGAAAAUCUAUCCCUACCACCAACAAAUCCAUCCCAACUAAUAACCAAUUCGUCGAUUCCGUCGAUAAUGCUUCGAAAGUGGUCGGUAAAUACACCUCUAACUACGAACGCCGAAAAAUAACAAACGCAAAAUCGCUAAAAAUUAACGAUAAAUCUAUCGACGCACCGCCCGUCAAUGAUAAAUCUCUAGACAUCAGGAGGGAAGGUCUCUGGUCAUAUUUCGCCCCGAAAAAUUCAGACCAUUUGAACAUCGAGAUUGGCGGAAAGGGUCCUGAAAAGAUUUCUCAUUCAGGAAAUUUUCGGGGGAACAAUGCGAUUGGGAUGACAGACGUUUUGUUGCCCUUUAGGAAGGCGUUUCAGAAAAGACUGUUUCCACUUGGCAAGGAUACUGAGACGAGGCAUUAUUCUGACAAUAAUAAGAAAGAUAGUAAUGCUAAAGAUUUAUGUCCCAAAGACCAACUUAUUCCUUAUCAAAAUGCCAAUUGGCUUGGCAAGAAUUCGGCCUACCCAAAUGACUUGGCUUCUUUUCUCCUGUACAAUGCGAAUCAAAACUUUUUGAGCCGCACUAGUCGAUUGGAUUAUCAUGCCACUACUGCCACCGAUAUUUCAAUGAAUAGAAUGCAUCUUCAAUCCCUUUUAAAAGAUAAAGAAAUGCCUUACUCAUCCUCCAAGUUACUCUUCAGACCAUUCACGCCUCUACCUUUACUCCCUUAUCCUUCUUUACUUAGUUCGACUGCGCUGAGUAGAACGCAAAACUCAGAAAAGUAUCUCAACAUUCAACCCGGUUCCCUUUCAGCUAUAAAGAAAAAUAGGAACGACGUCAAAUCGUUCAAAAAUAAUCGCAACGAGGGCGCAAAAAUUGAAAGAAUUAACGAAGUCAAGGAAGCGAAUUUUUUGGACAAGUAUUUCUCCAGAAGCCACAAGAAACAUAAGGAUGACAAAAGUGAAGAUGAAAGUUUUUCGAACAAGCACCUCGUCAAGAUCGACAAUAAAUCGACUAAAAAUAGUCAAGCAGAAUUUAACUAUGACCCUCGAAACGCAGUUUUUUUUAAGAGCGUGAAAGCAAGGAGGGGGUCUAGUGACAGGGAAGCAUAUUUCGACAAGUACCUUCUCCAACACCACAACGAUAAAUGUGGUGACAACGAGAGGGGCAAUGUUGUAAACGAAUACCGUAGAUUAAAGAAUAUGUAUGAAGAACUCGGCCAGAAGACUAAGGUUGUUGAUUUAGAAUUGAACGCGAAUUUCGACUCAUUAACGGAACUCAAAGAGCACGAAUUUACGCUCAGACAGGAUGACAUCCGUCAAAAGGAUCUUCUCUUCGACAACCCCGAAGAAAGCAAACUGAAAAACUUUAGCCUAUGGGUCCUUCUCAAGGCUGACAGGCUCUUGAAAACUCAUUUUGCCCCGUUGACUUUCCUCGAUUCUUCCAACUCGAAAAUAAAUACCGACGAUCAUGAUCUGAGCUCGAAUAAUAACGAUACCUUGACCACCCUUUCUAACCUCUGUUCCAAACUUAGCGGAUUGUUUUCUCAAAUGAAAGAGGAAUCGGAAGAAAAAACUAUUUUACUUCCUUCAAGACUUUCGGGCAUUUUAGAGAUUUUGUUUGAUAUCAAGAACAUUAUAGUUAGCGCAGCUUCGCCCUUUGAAAUGGUUCAAGCCCGAUUUGCCUCCACCAUUUUAGGACUUUUGAUGCUUAACCAUGAUGAUCCCGACUCACUAAACGGGAUUAAAAAUGAAAAUUUCGAAACGAAUUUCGGGAAAAAUGGAUUGGGAAAUGCAGAUUUCACUUUUAGACUAAAGAUUUUGGCCCAUAUUUUCGGAAACGCUCCGCAUCCAAAUUAUAUUCACACCGAUGCUGAUAAAAUGCUUUUCCUAGAUGUUUUUCCACUAAUUUCUAAUAUACAACCUAAUGCUGCCACAAACCCUGGGCUAUCUCCCUUCGCUAUUUUGGUCAACAAAUUGCAAUCUUGCUUGAACCAAACGGAACAAUUUCCAGAUGAAUUAGUUUUUCCACCGUCUCAAACUAACAAGUAUAAAUCGCAAUACAGCCGAUCUCGGUUCUCUUCUUCCAAAAACUAUUUCAGAAAUGAAAAACCUAUCAUCAAACGGGAGGAUGCAUUUUCGGUGUACUUGAUCACCCAAACGGAACGUUCCAAGCAUAAAAUAGAACCGCUGACAACUUUCAUUUCGAUAAAGGCUUAUUUGGCCAAAUCUCAUUAUGAUGAAUUCGAAUAUGAUAUUUCCCCCAAAAAUGAAGUAAAUAAUCAAGGGAAUGAUCCCGAAAAUUCUAACGAUUUUAAUAGCCGUCCAAAAUCACGUUACAAUAUUACCCCUCGAAACAAUAGGAAGGAGGAAAAAAAUGACAAAACCCAUAUGAAAAUUUCAUCGUCUAAAAACAUAGAAUACUCGAAAAAUAAACCCUUAAACAAAACACAUUAUUCAAACGACGAUAUCGAAGCGAAAUCACUUAAGAAGAAAGAAAAUCUCUGGAAAAAUAAGGACUUACACGAAAUAGUUCAGAAAUCUGAAGCUAGUAAGAAUGAUAUGAAAAAUAGAUUGAGAAAUAAUGAAAAAACUCCUAAAACCUCAAUUAAAGUGGACACCAACCGAAAACCUUAUGAUGGUAGCGUUCGAAUAGAAAGUCUAAGUAUCGAAGAUGACAUCAAGAAUCAAAAGGAGGAAUCUUCUAAAAAAUCUGGGCCAUAUAAUUUCCAAAAUUUAGAAGAUUUGCGAUUAGAAAUGGCCUUUUCCGUGGUUGAUUUAGCGGAUGGAUUAUCUGAGAGAUGGGGUAAUAAAAUUGAAAAAGGUGAAUGGAACGAGAUAACGGAGAAGAAGCCAGAGAAGGAACGAAAGAAAAACGACGAAAAAAGCUCGAAAUUGAGAAAAAGCGUUGAAAAAAGGGUAGAGAGGAAGAGUGAAUGGAUUGAAAUACCUCACCAAUGGCUCAUGAAACAUGAAUCUGAUAACAACAUCGGCGUUAUCGAGGGGGCCAUUAAUUUGAUACCCAAAAUUGAUAAAGGGACUCUGGACAAUAGGGAAUUAGCCAUUUGGAAUCAAAUCCUUAUUCAAUACAAUGAUGUACGCAAUGGAACGUCAAUCGCGAAACAUCAAUCAUUGCUUAACUCUAAUUAUGAGCUUUUGUUGCGUUACCAAUUCGGCCCUAAUUCAAAAUACGGCGUAACAAAAAUGACCGACUACAAGAAUGGAAAAAAUGUCGGAAAAAAUUUAGAAAAUCUUGAUAGUGUGAUAAAAUGGCGAAAACCUCGGUUGACGAAUAGUAAGGAGAUUAUGGAGCGACAUUUUUAUUCUGUUAAACAUAGCAGAGCACUAGACCUAUUGCCCUUACAAGACGCAAAACUUUUACUGAACAACACGAAUUUAUUGAAUAAAGAUCCAUCUAUCCCGGUGAUACGAUUUCUUAAAAUCUUGCGAGAACUCAACAAAUAUUGGGGAAGCUUAUAUGAAGCUCUGUAUUAUGAACCCUUUAUGCCCGACGCGGAAUUCGUCAAUCGCAAGCUUACCGCUAAAAUAGACAGAAUACUUAGAGAUCCACUCAUUCUCUUGGACAGGAGGGUAGUUCCGGGAUGGAUCGGCGAUAUGGCCUAUAACUGCCCCUUCUUGCUUUCCUUCCCAGCCCGCCUGGCUAUUUUCAAUUCCUUAACCUUUAACACUGAACGAGCUCUCUUAAGAUUACAGGACAGGGAACCGGAGAGAUUUAAAGAAAUUUUGAAAUACUUUUCAACUCAUAUCCCAUCCUCUUCCUCUUCGUUCUACUCUUAUUUAGAUAACAGUUAUAGGUAUAAAAGCCAGCGGAACGGGAAUAUUGGGAUGUACGAGAGUUCGGAAAGUUUGGUUGAGCAUGCGUUAUCACGUUCUGACACCAAUUUUGUGCAGGGGGAAGGGGAAGAAGAAAUAUACGAUGAUGUUAGCACUGCCUUAAUUCCUGGGGAAAAUUCCAAUAAUAAUAUGAUGCUGAUGGAUGAAAUGGAUGGUAUUGAACAUCUAGUACGUCGGUUAGAAAAUUCGAUCGAUUACAUCAAUACUGGUUUAUUCGGUUUAGAUACGGAUGUUAGGAAAAAAAAGUUCACAUUGCACCGAACAUCCAGCUUUCUAUCCCAAGCCUUCAAAAACAAUAUUUUCUGGCCUGGAUUAGCCCGAUUAUCGGUUUUUGAAUUUUCUUUCGAUUCUGAACCCGGCACAGGUUUGGGACCUACGCUAGAGUUUUAUUCCCUCGUUAGUCAAGAGAUAAGAGAACUCAAAAACGUGUGGAGAUCUCAAGAUCAAUAUAGUAAUGCCCCUCUUUUUCCCAACCCCCAUCCCUGCCUUACUGCUAACCAUUACCAUCUCUCAAAAACGUCAAAUAAAUUCGCCAAAAUUCCUUCAAAAAUUUCUGCAAAGAGUUUAAAAAUCGAGAAAGAAUACCAGGAUAUUGACGAAAAAUUCGAGUUCUUGGGAAAAUUUAUGGCAAAAAGCCUGUUGGAUUGCAAAUUGAUCGACCUACCCUUAUCUCCGCUCUUUUUUCGCAACCUAUUUAUUUUGAACGAGCAACCAGAAGUCGAAAAAUUUUUUGACGGAAGUGCAAAUAAUGGGUCUUUGGGGAGUGAACAAGAAUAUUAUGAUUUAAUCCUCUCAAAGGAUUACCCCAACGAAUUCCCCACCCCUUACCCUGAAGGCGCGUAUAUAGAUUUCAAUUUCAAAAAUAUCGACUUUUAUUACCCGUCCGAAUUAAAUAUAAUGGAUACCGGCCUAGCUAAAUCAUUCGCCCACAUCAAAACAACUGUACGUACUGCAAAUGCCGAUCCGGAAACUUCGAAAAAUUUGGACCUCGAUUUCACUUUACCCGGAUUCUCUUACGAUUUGAUAAAGCAGGGCCACGAGAUUGUCUUGGAUGAAUUCAACGUCAAGGCUUAUUUGAGGUUAUUACUGCAUCAUGGGAUGUUUUACAGCGUUUUACCUCAAGCUAAAAGUUUCCUGACUGGUUUCAACUCCAUAAUGGACUUCUCUUCCCUUUCCUGCUUUUAUCCCGAAGAACUAAAUUCGCUUUUCUGCGGAGACGAUUACGAUAACACCGUUUCGACGUCCACUUUUAAGCUUAGCGAACUACCCAACAUAUAUUGGAGUUAUGAAUCCAUUUUAAACAGCAUUAAGCCCGACCAUGGCUACACACCAGAGCACAGGAUAAUUAAGGAAUUGGCUCAAAUAUUGUCCGAGUUUAAUGGUCAUCAUAGAAGAUGCUUCCUGAGAUUUUUGACCGGUUGUCCAAGACUUCCUAUUGGAGGUUUCAAAAAUUUGUGCCCACCGUUAACAGUCGUUCGAAAAACCACGGAAAAUUUGAAGAACGACUCUUUCCACAGUAAUAGCAAUAGCCUCAAUAUUCCUCGCUCUAAAGUUCCCAGCCCUGUCUCUCUCAAAAGCAAUAAUGUCAUUAACCCUCAACCUAGCGACGUGGAAGAAAAGAAAUCCGAUAGCUACCUUCCCUCGGUGAUGACUUGCGUCAAUUACCUAAAAAUGCCGGAAUAUUCUAACCGGGCUAUUAUGGAGGAAAGGCUCAAAUUCGCUAUUACCGAGGGAUCUCUUUGUUUUCAUUUGUCGUGAAAAAUUUACUUUUGAACAUACAGUUCAUAAAACAAUAUCCGAUACGAAUCAAAUAGCCACAAAGCUCAAGAACUAGGAUAUUCGAAAUUUACAUUUAAAGAAUUAAACUAUUUCUCGUCAAUUCACCCUUUUUUCUCGCUUAAAAUUAAUGUUAUUUUUUAGAAAUGUUUGAUAAUUAAUAUAUUUAUAAUAAUUGAUUUAUAUUAUAUAAUAAACUAAUUAAAAGUUUUUUUGGAUACAUUUUUAAAUUAUAUUUAUUACUUAUAAAAUAAUUUGACACAAAUCUACAUUAAAUCGCCAAUAUAUUUUUAAAA